AAAGGCCCAAGAUUAGGGUUUAUAAGAGUGUGGCCUCUUAGUUUCCUGUCUGUCAUAACUCUCUGAGGCGGCACGAGACGUAUCUCUGCCGUUGGAGGAACUUUUCUGUUGGAAUUCUUUGUGUAGGGCGAACUUGAAAACUAGUCAAAAUGGUGAAGUUUACAGCAGAAGAGCUCCGCCGCAUAAUGGACCUGAAGCAUAAUAUUCGUAACAUGUCGGUCAUUGCGCAUGUGGAUCAUGGUAAAUCCACACUCACUGACAGUCUCGUGGCUGCUGCCGGUAUUAUUGCACAAGAGGUUGCUGGAGAUGUGAGGAUGACUGAUACCCGUGCAGAUGAGGCGGAACGUGGUAUCACCAUCAAGUCCACCGGUAUCUCCCUCUACUACGAAAUGACCGAAGAAUCACUCAAGAGCUUCAAGGGGGAAAGAAAUGGCAAUGAGUACCUCAUCAAUCUUAUUGAUUCACCAGGGCACGUCGACUUCUCCUCUGAGGUUACUGCCGCCCUUCGAAUCACUGAUGGUGCUCUUGUUGUGGUUGAUUGUAUUGAGGGUGUUUGUGUCCAAACUGAAACAGUGCUUAGACAAGCACUUGGUGAGAGGAUCAGGCCAGUUCUCACUGUGAACAAGAUGGACCGAUGCUUUCUUGAGCUCCAAGUUGAUGGGGAGGAGGCCUACCAAACUUUCCAAAAGGUGAUUGAGAAUGCUAAUGUGAUCAUGGCCACUUAUGAAGACCCACUUCUUGGAGAUGUUCAGGUAUACCCUGAAAAGGGUACAGUUGCCUUUUCAGCUGGUCUUCAUGGUUGGGCCUUCACUUUGACCAAUUUUGCUAAGAUGUAUGCCUCCAAGUUUGGUGUUGAUGAGGCUAAGAUGAUGGAGAGGCUUUGGGGUGAGAACUACUUCGACCCUGCCACCAAGAAGUGGACCGGCAAGAACACUGGAUCCCCCACUUGCAAGAGGGGUUUCGUUCAGUUUUGUUAUGAACCGAUUAAGCAAAUAAUCAACACAUGCAUGAAUGACCAGAAAACUAAGCUUUGGCCUAUGCUUCAAAAGCUUGGGGUCUCAAUGAAGGCUGAUGAGAAGGAACUUGUGGGCAAGGCCCUAAUGAAGAGGGUCAUGCAAACAUGGCUUCCUGCGAGCGAAGCUUUGUUGGAGAUGAUGGUAUUCCAUCUCCCUUCCCCUGCAAAGGCCCAAAGAUAUCGUGUUGAGAACCUUUAUGAGGGUCCACUUGAUGAUGUUUAUGCAAAUGCUAUUAGGAACUGUGAUCCAGAGGGCCCUCUCAUGCUCUAUGUGUCUAAGAUGAUUCCUGCCUCUGAUAAGGGGCGAUUCUUUGCUUUUGGCCGUGUCUUCGCGGGCAAGGUCUCAACUGGGCUCAAGGUCCGAAUCAUGGGCCCCAACUAUGUGCCUGGCCAGAAGAAGGACCUGUAUGUGAAGAGCGUUCAGAGGACAGUUAUUUGGAUGGGAAAAAAGCAAGAGUCGGUCGAAGAUGUGCCCUGCGGUAACACAGUUGCCUUGGUUGGGCUGGAUCAAUUCAUCACUAAGAAUGCGACCAUAACCAAUGAGACUGAGGUUGAUGCCCACCCAAUCCGGGCCAUGAAGUUCUCUGUGUCCCCUGUUGUUCGUGUUGCUGUUCAGUGCAAGGUGGCCUCUGAUCUUCCUAAGCUUGUUGAAGGGCUCAAGCGUUUGGCGAAGUCUGAUCCUAUGGUGAUUUGCACGAUUGAAGAGUCUGGGGAGCACAUCAUUGCUGGUGCAGGUGAGCUCCAUCUCGAGAUUUGCCUCAAGGACUUGCAAGAAGACUUCAUGGGUGGAGCUGAGAUCAAUGUUUCACCUCCUGUGGUCUCAUUUAGAGAGACUGUCAAGGAUAAAUCAUGCCGAACUGUUAUGAGCAAGUCCCCCAACAAGCACAACAGGCUCUACAUGGAAGCCAGGCCAUUGGAAGAGGGGCUUCCUGAGGCCAUUGAUGAGGGUCGCGUGGGCCCAAGAGAUGACCCCAAGGUUAGAUCCAAGAUUUUGUCCGAGGAAUUUGGGUGGGAUAAGGACCUUGCGAGGAAGAUUUGGUGUUUUGGACCCGAGACCACUGGCCCCAACAUGGUGGUGGACAUGUGUAAGGGAGUUCAAUACCUCAAUGAAAUCAAGGACUCAGUGGCUGCUGGUUUUCAAUGGGCUUCAAAAGAAGGAGCCUUAGCUGAAGAGAACAUGAGAGGCAUAUGCUUCGAGGUUUGUGAUGUUGUUCUUCACGCCGAUGCCAUUCAUAGGGGUGGUGGCCAGAUUAUCCCCACUGCUCGUAGGGUCAUCUAUGCUUCCCAAUUGACUGCAACACCGAGGAUGCUGGAGCCCAUCUACUUGGUCGAAAUUCAGGCACCUGAGCAAGCUCUGGGUGGUAUCUAUGGGGUUUUGAAUAAGAAUAGAGGGCAUGUUUUUGAAGAAAUGCAAAGGCCAGGGACUCCUCUAUAUAACAUCAAAGCUUACUUGCCUGUCGUUGAGUCGUUUGGUUUUUCGAGCACUCUCAGGGCUGCAACUUCAGGGCAGGCUUUCCCUCAGUGCGUGUUUGAUCACUGGGAGAUGAUGAAUUCCGACCCAUUCGAUCCAACCUCUGAAGCAUUCAGAAUAGUAACUGAGGUUCGAAAGAGGAAGGGGCUCAAAGAACAGAUUACUCCUCUCUCUGACUAUGAAGACAAGCUGUGAGCAGGGAACUGGGUCCUCUCUUUCUCUCUAUAGUAUGAUUUCUCUAUUCUCGUGUCUAUGGGUAAGUCUUUUUUCCCGUGAGAUACUAUUUUUCAUGAUGUUUUAGAUUUUUCUUGGGUUUUGGUCAUUGGAAUUUCUAUAUGGAGUCUAAAUUUUGCAGUGAGCUACUUUUAAUUGGUUUGUUUAAGGGGAUGCUUCAAAUCGGAACAUGAAUAUGUGAUGUUUGAGCAACAAUUGUUACGUGUUAAGUUGUUCGACUACUAAUGCCUAAAAAUCAUGGGUAUGUUAGUUGAAUGUUUUGUGCC